CGCACCUCGCAAUCCCCAAACAAAUCUGAACACUCUUCUCCGAAGCCCAGCCAGCAGCUCGCCAUGGACGUCUCAAGCACAGCAGCCGGCGGCAAGGCCAAGAAGGGAGCGGCCGGGCGCAAGGCCGGAGGCCCCAGGAAGAAGUCCGUGACGAGGUCCGUCAAGGCCGGGCUCCAGUUCCCCGUCGGCCGCGUCGGGCGGUACCUCAAGAAGGGCCGGUACGCGCCGCGCGUCGGCACCGGCGCCCCCGUGUACCUCGCCGCCGUCCUCGAGUACCUCGCCGCCGAGGUGCUGGAGCUCGCCGGGAACGCCGCCAAGGACAAUAAGAAGUCGCGCAUCAUCCCGCGCCACCUGCUGCUCGCCGUGAGGAACGACGAGGAGCUCGGCAAGCUGCUCGCCGGCGUCACCAUCGCGCACGGCGGCGUGCUCCCCAAGAUCAACCCCGUGCUGCUCCCCAAGAAGACGGCCGAAAAGGCGGCCAAGGAGCCCAAGUCGCCCAAGAAGACUCCCAAGUCCCCCAAGAAGGCGUAGAGGCCAUUUGCAUUGUGUAGGUUGGAGUAGCUGGGAUUGAUAGGUGUUCUUCAGAGUAGAUUGUUUCUCGUUUGGUGGUGUCCUUGUAUCUUCUGAUCUGUUGUUUUUAAUGGAAGAAUAAGUUUCUUAGA